CACGUGUGGCCUCACCUGGGCACCAGCGUUACCCACAUAUAGUCUGAAGAAGGGUCUCCCCACCUCCCUUCUCUCCAGUGAUGUCGCCUGGCCUGCUGAGUUACUCCAGCUUUUUGUGUCUAUCUACAGUUUAGUUUAUUGUCACGUGUACUGAGGUACAGUUUAAAGCUUUUUGUUGCAUGUUAACCAGUCAGUGGAAAGUCUGAUGAAGUCUCGCCGCCUGUUCCUUCUCCAUAGAUGCUGCCUCACCUGUUGAGUUUCUCCAGCAUUUUUUGCCUACCAGUGGUAGACUAUACUGAUUACAAUCAGGCUAUCCACAGUGUAUACGCACAUGAUAGGGUGACAAGACGGGUGGCUGGGCUGCUCCAAUGUGCUUUGCUGCUUUUGUGUUGCAGAACAGUGUCGCCGUCUAGCCUCACAGUGACGGGGAUUGUGGGUGAAAGUGCCCUCCUGCCCUGUCUGGACACCAACGUGGGGAAACAAGCCAACAAUGAUAUUCGUGUUUACUGGCAGGUGGCCACUCGGUUAAUCCAUUCCUUCCAUAAGGGCAGAGAGGACAACACAUUGGGCCUGGGCACCAGGGCAAGGCUGUUCACCGCAGAGUUCAAACACGGCAACUUCUCCCUUCUUCUCACCGACCUCCGAGUGAGCGACGCAGCCACGUACACAUGCCUCAUUCAGUUGAAACUCCCCACUGAGGGCAACAGCGUGGUUCUACGAGUUACAGUCACACUACAAAUAGCAGCCCACUUUGCCAAGCCGACCCUGAGUACGCAUCUGUCGGAGGAACAGCAAGGUGCAGGAGGGGUGCUGAGGCUGACCUGCUCCUCCUGGGGAGGGUAUCCAGCCCCAGCGGUGGGCUGGACCUGCGGGUCCCUGAACCUAGAUCCGAACAGCACGGCCACAACCCACACCGACUGCUCCCCGCAGAGACUGUGCAACGUAACCUCGUUCCUGUGGGUGUCUGCUGGAGUACACUGCAUCACCUGUAGCAUUCACAACACCAGGCUGAAGGAGAAACAAACUGAAACCUUUACCGCAAUGUCGCCGUCUAGCCUCACAGUGACGGGGAUUGUGGGUGAAAGUGCCCUCCUGCCCUGUCUGGACACCAACGUGGGGAAACAAGCCAACAAUGAUAUUCGUGUUUACUGGCAGGUGGCCACCCGGUUAAUCCAUUCCUUCCAUAAGGGCAGAGAGGACAACACAUUGGGCCUGGGCACCAGGGCAAGGCUGUUCACCGCAGAGUUCAAACAUGGCAACUUCUCCCUUCUUCUCACCGACCUCCGAGUGAGCGACGCAGCCACGUACACAUGCCUCAUUCAGUUGAAACUCCCCACUGAGGGCAACAGCGUGGUUCUACGAGUUACAGUCACACUACAAAUAGCAGGUAAAGAUUCAUGAUCUUUGUUUUUAAGCUUUUCUUUGUAAUAACAGCGGUGGUGUCUGGAGAAGGGUCUCACCCAUUCCUUCUCUCCAGAGAUGCUGCCUGUCCCGCUGAGUUACACCAGCAUAUUGUGUCUGUCUUCUGUGUAAACCAGCAUCUGCAGUUCCUUCCUACACAAUGGUGGUGACAAGUGGGAGUUGUCAAAUGUAAGCAUACUUAGGAAAUUUAGUUCAGUUUAGGUUAGUUUAGUGAUACAGCUUGAUAUACCACAGUUGUGAAACACCGGGGUGGCACGGUGGCGCUGUACCGUUCUGUGUGUGAAGGAACUGCAGAUGCUGGUUUACACCGAAGAUAGACGCAAAACACUGGAGUAACUCAGCGGGACAGUCAGUAUCUCUGGAGAGAAGGAAUGGGUGAAGUUUUAGGUCGAGGUCCUUUUCGAAACCUGAUCUGAAGAAAGGCCUCGACCUGAAACGGCACCCAUUCCUUCUCUCCAGAGAUGCUGCCUGUCCCGCUGAGUUACUCCAGCACUUUGUGUCUAUUUCUGUACUGUUCUAUGUUCUAUAUGAGAACUUUCCAGGUACACCGGCCUUCACCAGAUGUUGCACAGUGUCUUGUACGUGGGUCCCUGCAUAAAUUUAUCAUUCACUGAUCAUUCCCACUGCCCAGUUUGACCUUAAAUACAAGUUAAAUUUUCAUCAACUAUCUGCCUUCACCACCACUCCAGGCAGCACGUUCUAUUGGGUGGCAUGGUGGCUCAGUGGUAGAGUUGCUGGCUUACAUCGCUUACAGAGAUCCGGGUUCGAUCCUGACUACGGGUCCUGUCUGUA